AGCAACAGUCGAGGCCGGCACACUUCAAGAAGACGCACUAAAAUGGCCGCAACAAAGAGCACGAAGGGUAAGACUGCCCCAAAAACCACGAAAACCGCCGCCUCGAAGGACGCGAAGGCCAAGUCGGCCAAGAAGGCGGCUCUCCAGGGCGUUCACGGCCACCAUUCGCGCAAAGUGCGCCACACUGUGUCCUUCCACCGACCGAAGACCCUUCGCCUUCCCCGUGACCCCAAAUACCAGCGCAAAUCGGUGCACCAUGCGCCACGCAUGGAUGAGUUCCGGACGAUUGUUUCGCCUUUGAACACAGAGUCCGCCAUGAAGAAGAUCGAGGAGCACAACACCCUCGUCUUCAUCGUCGACAUCAAGUCGAACAAGCGUCAGAUUAAAGACGCGGUGAAGAAGUUGUGGGAUGUCCAGGCCGCGAAGAUCAACACGCUCAUCCGGCCCGAUGGCAAGAAAAAGGCCUACGUGCGGUUGACCGCGGACCAUGACGCACUGGAUGUUGCUAACAAGAUUGGCUUCAUCUAAUGUGUUCUCUCGUGUCUUCCGGGUUUUUCUCUGUCGUAUUCUUUACCUCGCAUUUCCCCCUGUAUGCGUACUGCCAUGCACAUGCUGCCUAUGAGGCUCCAAGCCAACCAUUCUCCUG